GUUUGUGUUAGUUCAAGUGUUAUUUUGCGGUUGAAUUAGGUUAGGAGGUUAUUUUAACUGUGGUGUAAAAGGCGUUCACGAUUUUUCGUAAAAAGCAAGUGUUGGGAGCCGCGAUGGCAAACAGGGUGCCUGGGGCGUGCUGCGCCGCUUCUGUUGAACGAGCCGGUCUCCCUGGUCUCCUUCGAGACCUGCAGAGACUAUCUGAAGACCAAGAUUCUGCCGAUAUAGUCUUCAUUCUUGGGACUUCGGAAGAAAAAGUAUACGCGCACAAGAUUAUCCUCAUUGCAAGAUGCAAAAGCUUCCAAAACACAAAGCGCGGCGAGGUGUGCCGCAUCCCCGGCUGCUCGGUGGCGCCAUCUGUGGGCUCGCAGCCGACCCCCAUACGCAUGCCGCACGUGCAGCCAGACACUUUCCGCCUCUUCAUACAGUAUGUCUACACCGGCAAGCUACUUCUUCAAGAUUCCGGUGUUUUUGAGAUGAUGACACUCUCAGCUGAUCUGGGAGUGGAGGACCUCCGUGCGGCUUGCGAAGACCACGUCACCUCGACCCUCAGCGUGGAAAGCGCCUGCACACUUCUUGCAGCAGCCAUGGAAAUACAGGAUCGACCAGGAGGAAAGAGUGCAUCAUCAUUUAUGGAGCGAUGUAUUGCGUUCAUCGGGGACAAUGCUGCUGACUGUGUGAAGACAAAUGCGUUCCUCAACCUGCCCAAGGAAGCACUCAUCAAGCUAAUAUCUUCAGACUUUCUAUGCCUUGAAGAGGAGGAGGUGUGGCGCUGCGCCCUGGCGUGGGCCAAGCAGCGCGCCGGCGUGACGCAGCCCACCGCGCACUGGACGGAGGAGGAGCGCGCGCGCGUCUGCCACCACCUGCAGCCGCUCAUGCAGCACGUGCGGCUGCUGCUCAUCGACAGCGCGGUGUUCGCGGAGGAGGUGGAGCCGACGGGCGCGGUGCCGAUGGAGCUGUCGCUGGAGCGCUACCGCCGCGCUGCCCUGCAUGCGGCGCCGCGCCCCGACCCCGACAAGCGGACGCAGCCACGUCUGGCAGUGAACAUGUUCGCCGGGUCUCACAUUUUGCAGCAAGACAAGAGUGCCUUCCAAGCCGUCAUCAACAACUGGUGCGGUACACCGAAGCAGUCGUGGCGGCUUGUGUUCCGCGCGUCCACACACGGCUUCUCGGCGCAGGCCUUCCACUCGCACUGCGACAACAUCGCGCCGGUACUCCUGUUGGUGCAGUUAUCGCGCGGCGAGGUGAUAGGCGGCUUUUGCUGCGCGGGCUGGGCAGGCGGCGGCGCGGGCGGCUACGUGCCGGCGGAGCGCGCGUGUCUGUUCGCGCUGCACGACCCGCCGCAGCGGUACGCGCUCAACAAGAAGCCCUUCGCGCUGUGCUACCACCCCGACUGCGGGCCAAUCUUCGGUGCGGGCGCGGACCUGCUGAUCAGCAACAACUGCAACGCCAACAGCGAGAGCUACAGCAACCUGCACUCGUACGGCGACGGCGCGCCCGCCUCGCUCGCGCCGGAUUACAACUUCACCGUGCGCGACUAUGAGGUCUUCACCAUCAAGCAUAAUUAAACAGCGAGUAAAGUGGCCG